UUUUAAAAUAAAAAAGAUUCACUAUACAAAUGAUAGAAGCUCUUGAAAGAAAAGAAAAAGAACAGACAAGUAUUAAAAAUUAAUAACCAUAAUAAAACUUUUCUGAAGAACAGAAACUUCCCAUUGAAACAGCACACUGUGUACCUGAGAAUACUGACUUAGAGUGAUCAAAACAAACACAUGGUCUUGUAAAGUUAGUGAACUUAAAAAAAAAAAAAUCCUUUGAGCUUUUAAGUCAAAAGAUCGUACAACUUAUAAGGGACAGAAAAUUACUUUCAAGUGUAAAGAACAUAAAGUUUUUUGACAUACCAGAAUUUCAGAAUUAUUAUUUUUUAUAAUUUCUUUCUGAACAAUGAAUCAAGAAAAAGUACUUCAGAUAGACAAAAUGACUAGCGAGACCUCAACAUAUGGGCUGAUGGUCAAGUUUAAAUAUAAACUUACUAGUAGAACAAAGACUAAGUAAAGAUUAAAAGGCAGAGAGUGUAGUAUGUAGUGACCAUAGAGUUGGAUAAUUAGAUAUUGUAUAACCAUAAAAAAAUGCAGGUGGUAGUGGUUGAGAAAAUAAAGAGCAUAGACAAAAUUUUACAACUAUUUUAGUAACCACCAUUAGUGACGGUAUUAUUAUGCUGAGGCUUGUAGGUGUUUAAUGUGGGAUAAAGCAAAUGAUUGAUUAUAGGACAUUCUAAUUCUAUUGAAUUCUAAUUUCAUUCUAUCCUGUAUAUUCCAUAUUAUAAUUCAUAUACAUGUAAUAUUCUGUCUUACAUCUUAUAUACCAUAUAUAUCAUUCUAAUUCUGUUCUAAUUCUGUGUCCUUGAGAAGUAGAAUUCUCAGUGUAAAACAAAAGAGGUACAGUUGUAAUAUAAAGUUAAAACUUUGCAGUCUUAAAUUUCAAUUGAAAAUAUCAACAGGAACUCACAAGGUAUUUGUCAUCUAUUCAUCUAUCUACUUUUUUCCCUGAAGAAUCCUAGAAACAAGGCCAAAUGUGCAAGAAAAUUCUUAUGCAGUUACUGGCUAAGAUGACAAUUUUUUUAUAAUUUUGAGAGCUAUUGUCUAAUUUUAUUCUGUACUGAUAUAUGAAGUUACAGACCUAUCAGCAGUGUAUGACAGUGCUUGUUUUACUCCAAUCUUGCCAACACAGUUGUGUUAUCAAAUUCUGAUUGUCAAUCUGUUAAGUAAAACUAAUAUCUGAAUUUAGUUUUAAUGUACAUGACUAAAAUUAGGAGUAAGGUUCACCAUAUUUCAUGUGUUUAAGAAGCAUUUUUGGUUUUUUUGUUCUGUGAACUAUGAUGUUAUUAUUGACUGCCUCUCUCCCCUUUGAAUUGUUAGUCCUUUAAAAAUCACUUUCUGGAAUAUCUGUAUAAUAGGGAGAUUAGCCCUUAGUCUGAGAUACGAGUUGCAAAUAUUUUUAAUGGUUUAUUUGUUAUUUGGGCUUUUCUUAUGGAUUAAUGAUUGGUUUUCCAUUUAUGUAGAAGACUUUUUAAAAAUAUAAGUAAUCAUUUUUUUAAUGGUUCUAUGUUUUGAGCCAUAUAUAGAAAAGUAACUCUCACCCUAGACUAUAGAAACUCCUUCCAUUUUAUUUUCUGGCACUUCACUGUUUAUUUAUACCCUCCAGGUGGACAGCAAGUCCAGGAUAUUAAACACAGUUUCACUGAUUUUCUUUGUAAAUCUGCCUAAGUAGCAUAGCAUUUUCCUGUGAAAUGUGAAACACUCGCUGCCUACUAUCUUGGAACCCUUGCUGGAAUGUAGAAAGUCUCAUUUCUCAUCUUUAUUAUAGUUCAAAAAACCAAUCUAAUAAAGUUGGAUGCUCUGUGGAGAAUGGACUGGAGGGAUGCAAGGCAGGAUAUGGGAAGAACAUUAUUGAUUCCUCUCACAAAUAUUUGUUAGGCAUUUCCUUUGUUCCCAGCCUCUAGAUGCCAAGUGUGCCAUGAUAAAUCAAAGAAACCCCUUGCUUUGUUCUAGUGGAGGAGUAAAAAAGUGAGCCAAUAGGAAUGUAAGAUCAGCUAAUGAGAAUUGCUAUGAAACAUAAAACAGGGGAAAGGGUAGGAAAUGAAGGCUGUCAUUUUCUAGAGAUUGAGCAGAAAAUGCUGCUCUGUCUGAGGGGGUGACAUUUGAGCAAAGACCUGAGUGAGCAAGGGAAAAGUGGAGAGAAAGGGGAUUGGAGAGGAGGCCAUUGUUCAUAAUGAGGAAGCCGUUGAUGGCUAUGAUAAAAACUCUGGAUUUUCUUUCAAAGGUAAUAAAAAGUCAUCAGAGGGUUUUCAGCAGGGGUGUGGCAUCUAUGACUUAUUCUCUGACUGCUUUAUGAAGAAAUGAUUGUGAAGGGGCAGGGGAGAAGCAUGGAGGCUAAAAAUAAGGCCAUUGCUUUGUCCAGGCAAGACAGGAUGAUAGAUUGGAUUAUGGUAAUGGCAGUGGCGACAGAGAGUAAUAAACCCAUGUGAGAAGUUAGUAGGUAAAAUGGAUAAGACUUGCUGUUAAAUUGCUCAAUGAGGAUGAAACACAAGAAGCUGUAAAGAAUACCUCCCAGAUGUACUAAAAUCUGCAACAUUGUGAGGAGGGACUGGGCAAGACUGAAUAACUAACUGUUGGGUGCUAUGUUCACUACCCAGGUGAUGGGAUCAUUCGUACCCCAAACCUCAGCAUCAAGCCGUAUACCACUGUAACAAUCCUGCACAGGUACCCCCUGAAUCUAAAAUGAGAAGUUGAAAAUACUUCUUAAAACUCUGCAAUAUUGAAGUAGGAGCAGGUCUGGUGAAUCAGGAACAUUACAAUUUCAUUUUCAUUAGAGGAUUUGCACAAAAUCAAAAUGACUAGCUCAGAUCACGAAAGAACAACUCGCUCCUUCCAGAGGAAGCUGCACCCGACAGAAGCUCCAGGAUGCUUGUUCUCUUUCUGCUGAGCACAAUCUUUCUGCUCUGCCCAUAUUGGGGUGAACUUCAUGACCGUGUAGAAGCGACUGAAAUAAUGUGUUAUAAAUGUAAAAAAUAUCAUCUCGGGUUAUGCUAUGAUGUCAUGACAUCCUGCUCCCUGAAGCCUAAACAGUCCUGUGCAGUUGAGAACUUUUACGUCCUUACAGUUACAGGGCAGAGCCUGUAUCAUUAUUCAAAACUGUCGUGUAUGACCAACUGUGAGGACAUCAACUUCUUGGGGUUCUCGAAGAGGGCAGAGCUCAUCUGUUGUAAUCAUAGUAACUACUGCAACCUCCCUGAGGGAGUUUAGCUCUGUGUAUCUCCUGGAUUUGGGGUUCUUUUUCAACCACUACCCUUUUUUUCCUCUUCCCUGAACCUGAAUUUUGCUCUCUUCUUCUAUGCAAUGGUACAGAGUGAGAAAGCCAGCUCAUAGUGAAAAGACAAGCAGGCAUAAGGAGACGCAGUGCGGGCAGCAGAGCCUAGUGAUGAUGGAGCCCUAGACUCACCCUUUGCACAUCCCUGUCACUCACAGGUGGGAGGGGUUUUGCUCUCCUUACGUGAUACUGCCAUGAAUAAGCUCAGACUUAGUCAUUUGUUAUCUCCUGUAUGAAAAUGUGAACACUUGGGCCAUAAUAAUCUCCAAUUUGUACUGAGAUUUCUGUGAGUAUCCUGUAUCCUCAUCUACACUCUUCUCUCAGUUGGAAUUCUCUUUGGAUUAGCCCCGACACUUUCUGGCACUGUCUUUUUUUGCCCAUGGGUUCUGGAGAGGGCUAACCCCAGCUUCCCAGUGUGUGGGCGGCAUGGGCCAAGUCUUUCUCUGAUAGAGCUCUUGGGGGAACCUCAGGGCAGAAAAAAAACCUGAACAGACAGGGAUAAGGCAUUAGAGAAAAUUUCAGGGGACAUUUCAAUUGGUAAAAACUAAGAUCUGAGAGAUAACUUGCUGUGGGUAGAAUUGGCUUGAAUUAUCAUUGCCCUGGCCGGCCAGGCAGCCUUGGGCACAUGGUUGAACUAGGUGAUUAGAUUGGGAACAGAGUGUUUUUUUAAGGAUGGCUAGUCAGGUUCUUCUCAUGGGACUGAGAAAACAAAAUGCUGAUAAUGUGGCAGGUGGCAUGGUAGUUGAAGAUAAUAGGAUGUAAAUAGAUACCAUGAGGUAGCAUUCAAGUAACAGAGUGCCCUGUGUAAGAGGAAGUUAUGAGUAUGCAGAAAGUGUGAGAAAGGCAGCAUAUAGGGGUAACAGUGGUGGAAAGAGAAGCAGGCAGACACAGAGAGAAACAGAUAGGAAGAGAAACUAAGUAGCAUUGAUGUUGGAGCACACCUGUGGCCAACGUGGCACGUUUUCCUUGGAUACACACUAACCCUGGUGUUUCUGUCCUUAUGAGGCUGACUGCAGUUCUUGGUCCUGGUCUUCCAUGAGCUUCUUUCUCUUAUAUUAUGCCACAUAAAAUUCUUACAAUGAACCAACCAACCUUCUAUCUGAGUAGUCUGGUAUACCCUAUCUUUGUCUAUGUCUGAGAAUAUAAUGCUUUCUGAGGAAUUCUCAAUUUGGAUUUUGAAGAGUCAGGAUGAAAGAUACAUGAAGAUAGCUGUUUCACGGUAGACAAGCAAACUAGAAAAGCUAACGUAACAUGAAUAUUUUAAGUUUGAGUUAUGGGCUCUGGUUUUGUAAGAGCUCUCUCCCCAUUGAAUCAUGGGGAUGGUAGAAGUCAGUCUAGAAAAAGAAAAGAAAAUAUUGUUUAGCUUUGGUUUUCAAAAUAGACUUUAAAAAUAUUUUUGAAUCAAUGUUAAACAAAGCCAAAGUUUGGUUUUGUGGAGCACGCAGAGAGUUUUAAUUAUGAAAUCUUUAUGUUUCAAGAGCACACUUUGGCAUUCUCAGCAUUAUAGCGUUGAAUUUGUCUUUAUGUAGUGGAUGAUUUGGAUUUGAAUUUGGUGGCUUCCAAAAUCCCCUUUGCUGAUAAGUGCACCCAGUUGCAUCAUGUGUUGACUUAUGACAACUCACAGUUACUGACUUCUUUGGAGAUUUCUCUCUACUAAAUAUUAAUAGAAGCAGCCUUGCCCAGAUGCUAAACUCACCACCUGCAUAUGGGCCUCAGCCAAUGAAUGGCUGGCCCCUUGUAUUAAGGUAGAACUAAGUCUGUGGUGCAGUUUGUACCCCAGAGCUUUUCCACGGGAUCCAACUAAAGCUAGUCUUCAGCUGAGACCAUGUUUUUGUUAGUAAUUCCCCCCUAACUUCCCUUCAUUCCCUUAUUCUCUAAGUUUUAAGCUGACAAGACCAAGUGUUUUGUCUCACUGUGAACAGAGCUCUAAAACAAAAUGAAUUCAGGUUAGAAAACGAAGUUACAUUUUGGCACUUCCAAGUAAUAGUGUGUGUAGUGUCUAAACUAACUCUUCCUGAGUCAGGAUAAUCUUUCUUCUUAGGCUUCCUUACCGACUAGAUAACAUUUCUCUAACCUUGGAGAAUAUUUUCUGUGCCUUACCCUAUCUUCAGAUAUUCUUCCCAGUUCCAUUUUCUAACCUGAUCAAACAAACGUAGCAAAAGUUAGGUGAAAAUUUCUUUACCCACAUGAUAAAACACCAAGAAUUUAUCCUCUGAUAUGCACAUGUUCUUCUUUCAUAUAUAUACAUAAUUAUACAGAGAAUUGUUUCUUCACAUAUCUUUUUAAAGGACAAUACUUUGGCUAACGAUCUGUUACUUUGUAAUUGACUGGUAAAUAACUCACACAACCUUACCUAUUCAACCAAAAUAAAUUUCACGUGUGUUACGCAUGUAAAUGUAAUAAAGAAAAGCUUGCUUUUUGUUGUGGCUA